AUGGCAUCGGCCGGAGACCCCCCCACAGGCCCACGGGAUGCAGCAGACCAGAACUUCGACUACAUGUUUAAGCUGCUACUUAUCGGCAACAGCAGCGUGGGCAAGACGUCCUUCCUGUUCCGCUACGCGGACGACUCCUUCACACCUGCCUUCGUCAGCACCGUGGGCAUUGACUUCAAGGUCAAGACGGUCUAUCGCCAUGACAAGAGGAUCAAGCUGCAGAUAUGGGACACGGCGGGCCAGGAGCGCUACCGCACGAUCACCACAGCCUACUACCGCGGCGCCAUGGGCUUCCUGCUCAUGUAUGAUGUUGCCAACCAGGAGUCCUUCACCGCUGUGCAGGACUGGGCCACUCAGAUCAAGACCUACUCCUGGGACAACGCGCAGGUCAUCCUCGUGGGGAACAAGUGCGACCUGGAGGAUGAGCGUGUUGUGCCUACUGAGGACGGCCGGAGGCUCGCUGAUGACCUUGGUUUCGAGUUCUUCGAGGCCAGUGCCAAAGAGAACAUCAACGUGAAGCAGGUCUUCGAGCGCCUGGUGGACAUCAUCUGUGAGAAGAUGAAUGAGUCCCUAGAACCCGGCUCCGGCCCGGGCAGCAAUGGGAAAGGCCCGGCCUUGGGGGACACCCCACCCCCCGAGCCCAGCGGUUGCAGCUGCUAG